UUUUCUUUUCCAGGUUCCGCUCAGCUAAUAUUUAAUAUAACCAAGUCUGUAGAAUACACCGUUUGCAAUGAAAGUGUCAUCAUCCCAUGCUUUGUUAAUAAUGUGGAGGCGAAAAGCAUUACUGAAAUGUAUGUAAAGUGGAAAUUUAAAGGAAAAGACAUUUACACCUACAGUGGACAAGAGCAAAAGACCACUAAUGACCCCGACUUUAACAGUGCAACUAUCACACCUUCAGAAUUACUAAAAGGCAUUGCCUCUUUGAAGAUGGAUAAGAGGGACGCCCGUGUAGGAAACUAUACCUGUGAAGUGACAGAAUUAAGCAGAGAAGGCGAAACCAUCAUAGAACUGAAAUAUCGUGUUGUUUCUUGGUUUUCUCCAAAGGAAAAUAUCCUCAUUGUUAUUUUCCCAAUUUUGGCUAUACUUCUGUCCUGGGGACAGUUUGGUAUUGUGACACUUAAAUAUAAAUCCAAUCCUAUGAAGGGGAAAACCAUUUUUUUAUUUGUUGCUGGACUGGUGCUCACUAUAGAUGUCAUCGUUGGAGCCAUUCUUUUCAUCCCAGGUGAAUUUUCAACAAAGAAUGCUUGGGGACUUGGUUUAAUUGUAAUUCCUACAGCAACAUUAACGUUACUUCAGUACUGUGUGUUUUCGAUGUCUUUCGGGAUGAGCUCCUCCACCAUCGCCAUACUGAUCCUCCAGGUGCUGGGCUUUGUGCUCUCUGUGGUUGGACUAAGCCUCUGUAUCUCAGAGUGCACCCCAGUGCAUGGCCCUCUUCUGAUUUCAGGUUUGGGUAUUAUAGCUCUAGCAGAAUUAGUUGGAUUAGUUUAUAUGAAAUUCUUUGGUAAGUCAAACUUAUUUUUGUUAGCCUAUGUCAAGAAUUUCAGAUGUAUAAUUUGGAAAAUGUUUUUGGUUAGUUCUUAUAGUUUAGGACCAAAGAAUAUAUUGGUAACUCCAAAAAUAAGAAAAUACAGUGAAUGCUGCUGUAGCUUUUAAGUAAUAAAAUUGGAAUGAUUGGGGGUAAUGAAAAAGGGUAGGAGACAUAUGAAUUAAUGAAAUUUUAAGUGAUAAACUAGUUUAAAAGAAAAUGGCUUUAUGUUUUAGAAUUUGUAGUUUUUUAUACUAAGUAAAAGGAGAGAUUGUUGAGGAUUCAUUUUAAUUAAUACAAAAGGAUUUUAAUUGGCCAUUGUUUCUGUGACAGAGCUCUCUCAGAGAGACCAGUCUGUCACUUGCCCUUCUUGCAGACUGUUUGUAAGACUUGGACUCCCUAAGUAGACAAGAAUCGAAAUUCAAAAUCUGUCAUUUUUGUUAAUUAAAGUAGUGUCCUCUGACACUUGACUUUAAAAUGUUU